UUACAGGACAUGCUGCUCUUUGCACAUUUAGCAGCAAUAAAAAGGGGCGACGCCUUUGACCCGCAUAGCUGCGAGUGUGAUUUUUGACCCGGAGGACCGGCGCGGACUCGCCGCAGCAUGAGCAAUCCCGACGCAGCGGGAGCGCACAGCUCCACAGCGAUUGGCGCCGCACUUGACUCUGGACACACUUGACACCGAGGAAGCAAACAUGUCUCGUUUCAUCGGCCGUCUCCUCGUCGCCGUUUCCCGACACGCGGGAGUCCGAUCUGCCGUGACACCGAGGAGGAUUCCUCCGUGCGUGCGUGGCGUGUGCACGUCUCCAGCUUUGCAGUCUCUGACACGUUACAGUGAGACUACAGACUGGAAGGAGAAGCUGACCCCGGAACAGUAUGUAGUAACCAGGGAAAAAGGAACUGAAGAGCCCUUCAGUGGCAUCUACCUCAACCAUUACGAAGUGGGGAUGUAUCACUGUGUCUGCUGUGAUGUUCCACUUUUCAGUUCAGAAGCAAAGUAUGACUCUGGGACCGGCUGGCCUGCAUUCAAAGAGGCUCAUGGGACAUGGGAGCGGGAUGAGAGCCACGCCUCCAUCAUCCGUCGCCCUGACAACAGCCUGGGCAGCGCUGGGACGGAAGUUCUGUGUAAAAAUUGUGAUGCCCACCUUGGCCACGUCUUCGAUGACGGACCGGACCCCACAGGUCAGCGGUUCUGCAUCAACAGCGUGGCUCUGACAUUUAAGCCCAGAGAAAACGACGUACCGGACCCGGACGAGCAGAAAUGAUGCUGCUUUUAGGAUUUAACCAGAGGGUUGAUGCAACGAUUAAAGACCUAAGCACUACUAGAAGUAAAAUAUGUUGACUUUCUAAACUUCUUCUUUUAGAUGUAAAAAAAGUUUUAUGUUUCGCCAAUAAACGUGGGUUAAAAAAACCAGAUUCAUGAACAAAAGAUGAGAUGAAAGAGAGUGGCUUUCAUAACUGAUUGUCGUUUUUAGCAAAUUACAGUAUAAUCUGGUUAGUAUUUGUCUUUGUUGAAGAUGAGACGUUUUUAGAUGACUUCUGUACACGACAUAAGUAGUUUUUGUUUCUGCUAUAAAUUAAUUAAAACGCACAUUUUCUUAAAUUUA